CGUCGGACAUGUAUUUUGCAGACACUUCUGAGGAAGUUUACUGAUGACGAAAAUUAUUUUCAAAGUAUUUCGGGAGGGAGAGUGCUUGUUAUGUAACAUGAUUUAGCACAUUCCCAGCUCCUGGCUACCCCGGGCAUGCAAUGAGCGUGCGCCAGACCGAGCGCAGCCGAACAACACGCACUAGAAUUACAGAGGCUUUCGGAAUUAAAAAGAAUCAAAUAAAUAAAUAGCUUCUCUGGCAGAAAAAUAGGCAAAAUACCACUCCUCAACAACACGAAGGGAUGGAAUUCCCUGUGGACAUCUUGGCCACCUUGAGCCAUGAAGACCUGGAGCAGUCAGCUGAAGACUACAUGUCCGACCUCCUCUACAGCAACCCUGACAAAGCUGAGCAUUUCUCACUGCCCAACUCCAGACGGAUCCCCAUCAGCAUUACCAACGUUGGCUUUGUUCCCCUCUAUGGAGGUGACCUCAAACACAAAGUGCUGGCUCUGUUCACACCUGAAGACCAGUUCACAGCUGUAGCUCUGUACCUGGCAGAUCAGUGGUGGGGGGUGGAGGACAUCCUCAAAACAGCAGACCCCUCUCGAAGGGGGCUCCUCAAGGUGAGGACACUUGGGGAGAGAAUAGUGCUGUAUGUGCUCAAUCGCAUAGUAUACCGAGCCAAGGAAAUGAGCAAAAAUGAAGUACCUUUCCUUUGCCAUAGUGAAAGUGACUAUGCCAAAAUUCUCUGGAAGAAUGGCGAGGCCAUUGGCUUUUACUCAGUGAAACCCGCAGGUAGUUUAUGUAAUAGCUUCCUGACCCAGCGAUACCUCCUGCCUGUCAUGGAUUCCAUUUUUGUCAGGAAGAUGCACCGUGGUAAUGGUCAUGGUCUCCAGAUUCUGGAAGACUUUGUAGACUGUUUCAAAGAGGAAUGUCUUGGAUUGAAGUAUCCCCUUUCACAUGCCAUGUACAAAGUGUGUGGACAGUACCUGAACACAUAUCCAGCAGACCACGAAUUGCUGUGGGAGGUCGAGAGUGUUGGAGGCCCCUUUCAGAGGGCCAGAGUAGCCAGCAAGAUUCAGACAAUGUCUUUAGGAGUGAAUGACCGCUCAGGGGGAGGUGCACUUUUGAAUCAGAACUCGGCUGAGGACGAAGUAGCAAUGGAGGAGGAACCAGCACAAGAGGAAACCCUAUCUAACUCCGUGGAAGUCACAGAAACUGUGAUGGUCAACAAGCAUAUCAAAGUGGCAGAAGCCAUUGAAGACACGCCUGUCUCAACACGUACCCGAAGCAGCGAUUACAGACGUAAAAGGCUCAGAGAGGAAACAGAAGAGGUUACUGAGGAAAGUCUCCCUGAGAAAGUAACCAGAGUGGAGGACACAGCAGCAGAGGUGGGGGCCACUGAAGAGGAGGCAGCAGAGGAGGAAGAGGAGGAGCAGCUGGCCGCAGCCAAUGUGGAAGUGGAGGGGGAAGGGGAGGAACAGCUGGGUGUCGCUGAUGAGGAAGCGGAAGGCGAGGCGGACAAGGAACCGGGCCCUGUAGACGAGGAAGUCGCGGAGCCUGUGGCUGCAGAGACACUUGAACUGGAAGAGGAGAACCAGGCUCCGGAAUUGGAGCUGUUGACAAAGGUGGAGGCUGAGCAAAUAAAUGGCGAAGUGACGGAUGACUUUGAGGAAGAGGAAGGGGAAUCCAGUGGGGAACCAGCCGCUGUGGAAGAGAACAGUGCCGAAGUAGAAGAGGAAGAGGAGGCCCAGAAGGAUGGGGACGUGCUGGAGACGGCAGCUGAAGAUGUCGUGGAGGAUAAGGACACUGUAGAUGCAGCUCAUGAGAAAUCGGAGGAACAGGCCUCGGCAGAGGAAGAGGCCCCACCAGCAGAGGAAGAGGCCCCACCAGCAGAGGAAGAGGCCCUGCCAGCUGAUGAAGAAGCCCUGGCAGUGGAGGAGCAGACCUCACCAGCAGAGGAACAGGACCCAGCAAUGGAGGUGGAGAUCUUGCCAGCAGAGGAACAGGCCCCAGCAAUGGAGGUGGAGACCUCGCCAGCAAAUGAAGAGGCCCCAGCAAUGGAGGAGGAGUCCAGGCAAGCGGAGGAAGAGGCUUCACCAGCAGAGGAGGAGGUUCUACCAGCAGAGGAGGCAGCUCCACUAGCAGAGGAGACCAUCCCAACAGAGCCAACGGAAGAUGCUCCAGAACCAGAAGAGCCUGUCCCAGAAGUUCCCGAGGCUGCGGCCAUGUCUGAGAAGGUAACAUCGGAGGAGGAGGAAGCGGGGACUGAGACAGAGCCAAGCCCUGAAGCUGCUCCUUUAGAAGAGGACGAUUCUCUCAGCCCUCCAUUAGACAAAGACUCUGCAGACCUCAACCAGGAUACUGUUCUACUAGUUGGCCUGAAGGAGGUGUCUUACCAAGUGCCUGGAGAGGAUGAUCAUGACCAAUUAGCAGAAGAGGAGGAGGAGAAGAUUGAGUUGGAGGAGCAAAAAGUGAGUAAUGUAGAUGAAGAGAAAGAACUGGAGGGGGAAAAGACGGAGGAGGAGAAAGCAACCACCACUGAGGAAGAGGAAGGUGACACUGUAGAGAAGAGCUCAGAUGAAACCAGUGAUCCUCCAGUUGUGGACAUGAGAGUUCUGAGGAGGAAGACAAAAGUAAUCCAAGCAACACCUAAACGCAAAUCCAGACGACUUGGCAAACAACCACUGGAGGAAGACCAGGCAGACAUAUCUGAGCUGGAGGAAGAAACAGAGGAGAAAGAAGAAGAGAAGGCCACAUCAACUGAAGAAGAAGCUGUAGAGAAGAGUUCUGAUGAGGGCGAUGAGCCUCCAGUUGUAGACAGGAGAGUUCUCAGGAAGAAGACCAAAGUAAUUCAGUCACCACCUAAACCUAAAUCAAAACGGCGCAGCAAGACCUGAACAAGUAGUAGGGAGGCUAGAAGAACUGACAUUUUCUAUUGGGAUUGGGAUGGGGGAUCUGAGGUUAAAAUAUUGACCGGAAGUGGG